AUGGGUCUGUUAUCUUUAGGGACCCCAUUGGAGUUUUUAGAGUCCAGGGAUCAGAAUGAGAACGUAAGGCAAAAUGGUGUGGAACAGCUGUUGUACGUUUUCCAGGCAGCUUCCAAGAGGGAUAAUGAUCCCUUGUAUUGGGGAGAUGAAAUUGAGUACAUGAUGGUUGACUUUGACGAUAACAAGCAGAAUGCUAUGUUAGACGUUACACACGAUGAAGUGCUCACUACAUUAAAUACAGAUGAAUAUGCGCUUUGUGCGGCUCAUAACGUUCAUUUCCAUCCGGAAUACGGUAGAUUCAUGCUCGAAGCUACGCCCAAUGUUCCAUUUAAAGGUUAUCCGGGGGAAUAUAUCGAAUUUAAUAUGCAACAGAGACGGUAUGUCGCUGGGCUGGCCUACGACAAGUUGCCAAAGAAUGGAUCGGAGCGGUUGGAAUUGCUAACACUCGCGGUUUUUCCACGUAUGGGUUGUACGGACUCGGUGAACAUUCCAGAUGUGUGGAAACAUAAGAAGAAUACAGCUUCUUGUUCGUUAUUCUUGCCCGAUGAGGUUAUAAACAGACACAUUAGGUUCCCAACUUUGACGAAGAACAUUAGGACUAGGCGUGGUGAGAAAGUUUGUAUCCAGGUACCAAUGUACAAGGAUCGUAACACUCCAGAGAAAGACGACACUGUGAGGGAGCGUGAUUGGUUUCCGAGGGAGGAUAAAGAGUCGAAGUUGGCUUCGAAACCAGGGUUCAUCUAUAUGGAUGCUAUGGGAUUUGGUAUGGGUUGUAGUUGUUUGCAGACUACUUUCCAAGCUCCGAAUCUGGAUAAAGCUCGUAUCCUGUACGAUUUUUUUGCCAAUUUCGCUCCUGUUACACUUGCCCUCUCGGCUGCCUCACCGAUCUUUAAAGGUUGGUUGGCCGAUCAGGAUGUUCGUUGGAGUGUGAUUUCGGACGCUGUCGAUGAUCGUACUCCGCAAGAACGUAGUGUCCAGCCUCUAUUACCAGAAUACAAUAAAGAUGGAUACGGUGGCAUUGCUCCAGAACUCUACGAUAAAGUGCAAAGAAUACCGAAAUCAAGAUACAGUACCGUCGAUUUGUUUCUGGGAGGUAGUAAAUUCUUCAACAGAAGUUAUAAUGACACUGAAGUGCCGGUCAACGAAAGAGUGUUGAACAGUCUUCUGGAGAAUCAUAUUGCUCCUCUGGAUUAUGAUUUAGCCAAGCAUUUUGCCCAUUUGUAUAUCAGAGAUCCUUUGGUAAUCUUCCAGGAAAACAUUUAUCAGGACAAUAAGACCUCUACAAACCAUUUUGAGAAUAUACAAAGUACCAAUUGGCAAACUUUGCGUAUAAAGCCACCAACGCAAGAAGCUGUUCCGGACAACAAAGAUGUCCCAGGUUGGAGAGUCGAGUUUAGACCUUUGGAGAUUCAAUUGACAGACUUUGAAAAUGCUGCAUACUCUAUCUUCACUUAUCUCCUAGCUGAGUACCUCUUGACAUUCUCAGAGGAAGUCAAUCCCUACAUGCCAAUGUCCCAAAUUUGGCAAAACAUGGAGACAGCUCAUAAACGGGACGCUUUGCGUGAGGAAGAAUUUUACUGGAAGGAUUCUUUCGAGGCUGACAAUGGAAAGACUUCUGAAUUGACCAUCAAUGAGAUUUUCCAUAACAAAAACAAUGGUAUUUUCGCCAAAUUUAUCAAUCCGAUUUUAUGCCACAAGGGUUUCGUGCACGAACGGUGGGAAGAACUCAAGGAAUCAUCUGAGCAUCUAAGAUUAUAUUACUAUUUGAAGCUCAUUUCAAAUAGAGCAAGCGGUAAGACACCAAGUAUCGCCAAGUUUUUGAGAGACUUUGUCUUAGAUCAUAAGGAUUAUAAGCAAGAUUCAAGAGUUUCAAAGAUUAUCAACUACGAUUUGUUGGAACUAUGUGGCCGGAUCACGCGCCUUGACGAUUCCAAUGGAGAGCUAACUAAACUUUUCGGUAGCGAGAUAGCAACCUACCUUCCACGCAGCAAGCUCAAGGUGAAGAAAAACUGA